AUGUCCGGUUUGGAAAUCGUCGGGGUCAUCUUGGGAUCAAUACCUCUCGUGAUAUCGGGACUGGAGCAUUACGCAGAUGGCGUUCGAACGAUCAAAGUCAUCUGCAAUGCCUCUCGAGAGUUCAAGAUCUUGGCACGAAAGAUGAAGGCAGAGGCGACUGUAUAUCAGAAUACGCUCAGCAUCCUGUUGAACGACUGCAUCUCCAUCGACAAGCAGGCCCACCUGCUCCGGGAUCCGACUGGUAGUGCGUGGAGUGAAGAUGUCCUGCAGAAAGCCCUCAGAGACAGGUUGCGGGACUCAUACGAGUCUUUCAUGGACCACGUCAGAAGCAUCCACCAGUCGCUCGAGGACUUCAAGAAAAGACUCCACAUUGAUGCCAAUGGCAACGGGCCUUUCGACGACGCAAAGUCAUUUCGCCAGGCGUACAAGCGCUUUCAUUUCGCGCUACAGAAGUCAGCGUAUAUGGAUUUAGUCCACGACAUCAAUUGUGAUAAUACUCACAUCCACCGCCUGACCAAACAGAGCCAGACUCUUCUCAAGUCGAGCAGACAGCGUCGUACCCCUGACUACGACAAUAUCCGAGCGGGAGCCACCAGCACAUUUGAGAUACUUCAACAUGGGCUGCAAGUAUCUUGUGGAGCACCUCAUAAGGCUAGCAUUUACCUUCGACCUCUGGGAGCGCGCGAGAGCAGGUUCGACAUUGCCAUAAGAGAGGCGGACGACACAUUUCGCAUCGUUCUGCAUCAUGACAGCAGUGCUCAAUCGCAACAGAACCCAUUGUCCUGGUCGAUUCAAGAGGCUGAGAUGCGUUUACUCGAUACGCAGGCGGCUUUGCCUGCUUGUCCAACAGCAACACCUUCUCCUUGCUUGACCCGGAAGCGCAAAGUACAGUUCGCCGAUCCAGCAGGUCCGACCAAGGCAAAGGGUGGUGCAAAGACUGCGCCUUUGCCACAACAAAAACUUGACGAGAUUCGAGACCUUUGCCACAGUAUCGACAAAAUGCGGUCCAUGCAAUGCGGCGUCUGUCUCGGCUACAUGAUAGGCGUUACAAGCCAACACCGUCAUGGUCUCUAUUGGCCCAAGGACCGCCUCCUCGACACCUCGACACUGACGGUAUCGACCCUUGCCAACAUGUUGGACCAGGGCAAGACUGGACGCAAGUUGACGAACGCGGAUGCACAUCGUCUAGCCGUCCCUUUGGCUUCUUGGAUGCUUCGACUGCACGAUACGCCGUGGCUGCUGUCCACCUGGGGCAAGAGCGAUAUCACGUUGAUACAGCAAAAUGGCAAAGUCUUGGCCGAGCACGCUUUUAUCACACAGAGCCUGAAGUCCGCCGCUCGGGCUCCAGUCGCAUCUUCGGCAGGACAAGGGGCCAUCGCCACGCUUUUGAUAAGGAAUCCAACACUCUUUGCCUUGGGCAUAGUCCUCAUCGAGCUCUGCGUGGGGCAGACAUUAGACGAACUCCAGCAACCAGACGAACUGAACGCAGACGGUACCAAGCACGAGCUCUCAGACUUCCAGACCGCUAAUCGUCUCCUUGAGAUGGGAGAAAUCAGCGACAGGUUUGGACAGCGGUGGAGCGAUGUGGUUCGACGCUGUAUUCGCUGUGACCUGAACCAGAGCAAGGUGUCACUCGAGGAUAACGCUUUUCGCUCAGCCGUACACAACGAUAUCGUGGCAGAGCUCGAGGAAGAUUAUCGGCAGUUCUUUCAUCUCUGA